AUGGGCUGCACCACGAGCGUGGUUCUGUUCGAGGGACUCCGCUCUGUUCUGGAGAGGAAUUGUGGGUAUAUUUGUAAAAGUGCUGCUGAAGCCAGCGGACCUGCUGAACCUGAACAACCCUGCCAUAGCCGCAGAGUGUCCAGGGCAUGGCCCACCAGGACUCUAGUAAAGGUGAAGCCCAGGGUGAUCGAGCCGCUGGACUAUGAGAAUGUCCUGGUUCAGAGGAAGACCCAGAUCCUCAGCGAUGUCCUGAGAGACAUGCUUCAGUUCCCACUGGAGGACUUCCAGAUAUCAACGAUUCGCCGGCAGGUGAGGACUCUCUACCCUUCGGUUCCUGAGAACGCGGAGAGAGAGGCGCAAAGUCUGUUGGUCCAGGAGUGUAUCAAGACGUACAAGUCCGACUGGCAUGUCAUUAAUUACAAGUAUGAGGAUUAUUCCGGAGACUUCCGCCAGCUUCCCAACAAGGUGUCCAGACCAGACAAACUUCCCGUCCACGUGUUUGAAGUGGAUGAGGACGCGGAUAAAGACGAGGACACUGCCUCCCUUGGAUCCCAGAAGGGAGGAAUCACCAAACACGGCUGGCUCUACAAGGGCAACGUGAACAAUGCCAUCAGUGUGACCAUGAGGUCUUUCAAGAGGCGGUAUUUCCAUCUCACUCAGCUUGGAGAUGGAUCAUACAAUCUCAACUUCUACAAAGACGAGAAGAUCUCCAAAGAGCCAAAGGGAACUAUUUUCCUGGACUCCUGUAUGGGUGUUGUUCAGAAUAACAAAGUUCGUCGUUUUGCGUUUGAGCUGAAGAUGCAGGAUAAGAGUGCGUACCUGCUGGCCGCUGACAGCGAGGCAGAGAUGGAGGAGUGGAUCAGCACCCUCAACAAAAUCCUCCACAGCAGCUUUGAGAUCGCAAUGCAAGAGAAGAGGAACGGAGACUUCCACGAUGAUGACGAACUGGGAAAGGCAGAUAAUUCUUCAGGAAGCAUGGACAGCUUUCAGAGUGCCAGAGACAUAGAGUCUAGAAUGAGGAAUGAAACCAGACUGAAGCUCUUCACUCUGGAUCCGGACACACAGAAACUGGACUUCUCUGGGAUCGAGCCAGACAUAAAACAGUUUGAGGAGAAGUUUGGCAAACGCAUCCUGGUCAACUGCAAUGAUCUAUCGUUCAACCUCCAGAGCUGUGUGGCGGAGAAUGAGGAGGGCCCCACCACAAACGUGGAGCCGUUUUUUGUCACCCUGUCACUCUUUGACGUCCAGAACAGUCGUAAGAUCAGCUCAGACUUCCACGUGGACCUGAACCACCCGUCUGUGCGGCAGAUGAUUCCGGGUCAGGCCAGCCAGCUCAUCAACGGGGGCGGGGACAGCCUGCCAGGAGGACUGCGAUUGGCCAACGGGCUUCCUGAAUCAGUGAUGCAGUAUCCGCGACAGGGCGUGUUCUCCGUGACGUGUCCACACCCCGAUAUUUUCCUGGUGGCGCGGAUAGAGAAGGUUCUACAGGGCGGGAUCACGCACUGCGCGGAGCCGUACAUGAAGAGUUCGGACUCCACUAAGGCGGCCCAGAAAGUGCUGAAGAAUGCCAAACUAGCCUGCAGCAGGCUGGGUCAGUACAGAAUGCCUUUUGCCUGGGCAGCCAGGCCUCUGUUUAAAGAUGCGUCAGGCACACUGGACAAAUCCGCCCGUUUCUCUGCACUCUACCGACAGGACAGCAACAAGCUCUCCACUGAAGACAUGUUCAAACUGCUGGCUGAUUUCAGGAAACCAGAGAAGAUGGCGAAGCUGCCCGUCAUCUUAGGCAACCUAGACGUCACCAUUGACAACGUCCCUCCCGACCUGACGAACUGCGUCACCUCCUCCUACAUUCCCGUGAGGAGCUUUGAGAGCUGCGAGAAGAGUGGUGUGCUGUUUGAGGUGGAGGAGUUUGUACCUUCUAUAGCCAAAUGCUCCCAACCUUUCACCAUCUACAACAACCACCUGUACGUCUACCCCCGACACCUGAAAUACGACAGUCAGAAAUCCUUCGCCAAGGCCAGAAACAUUGCUGUCUGUCUGGAGUUCAGAGACUCUGAUGAUGAGGAUGCAGUUCCUCUAAAGUGUAUCUAUGGGCGUCCAGGAGGUCCCUUGUUCACCAAGGCUGCCUUUGCAGCAGUGUUGCAUCAUCAGCAGAACCCAGAGUUUUAUGAUGAGUUUAAGAUAGAGCUCCCCACUCAGCUCCAUGAGAAGCACCACGUGCUCUUCACCCUGUAUCACAUCAGCUGUGACAGUAACAGUAAGGCCAGCACCAAGAAAAGAGACAUGGUGGAAACACAGGUGGGAUAUGCGUGGCUACCCUUGCUGAAAGAUGGCAGAGUGAUUGAAAGUGAGCAGAACAUCCCUGUAGCUGCCAAUCUGCCCGUGGGCUACCUCAGCUGCCAGGAGGGUAGCAGCAAGCAUUCCAGCCCUGAGGUCAAAUGGGUUGAUGGAGGAAAGUCACUGUUUAAAGUGUCCACCCAUCUUGUGUCUACUGUCUACACACAGGACCAGCACUUGCAUAAUUUCUUCCACUACUGUCAGACCGUGGCGUCUGCGGCCCAGGCUCCGGGUGGAGAGCUGGUGAAGUAUCUGAAGAGUCUUCAUGCUAUGGAGGGUCACGUGAUGGUUAAAUUUCUGCCCACCAUCCUGAACCAGUUGUUCCGCGUUCUUACCAGUGCCAGUCACGAAGAGGUCGCUGUUAACGUCACCAGAGUCAUGAUUCACAUCGUCGCUCAGUGCCAUGAGGAGGGUUUGGAGCACUAUUUACGGUCAUAUGUGAAGUACGUGUUGAAGACUGAGCAGACAUUAACCAGCACUAAGACAGUGCAUGAGGAACUAGCCAAAGCCAUGACUGCCAUCCUAAAGCCCUCCACUGAUUUCCUAACCAGUAACAAACUGCUCAAGUACUCCUGGUAUUUCUUUGAGGCCUUAGUGAAGUCAAUGGCACAGUACCUGUUAGAGAGUGGUAAGGUCAAGCUGUCCAGAAACCAGCGUUUCUCUGCCUCCUUCCACCACACGGUGGAGACGCUGGUCAACAUGAUGAUGCCUCACAUCACGCAGAAAUAUAAAGACAACCUGGAUGCUGCUAGGAACGCCAAUCACAGCCUGGCCGUCUUCGUUAAGCGCUGCUUCACGUUUAUGGACAGGGGAUUCGUCUUCAAGCAAAUUAACAACUACAUCACCUGCUUCAUGCCCGGAGACACCAAGACCUUGUAUGAGUUUAAGUUUGAGUUUCUACGAGUCGUCUGUAACCAUGAACACUACGUCCCCCUAAACCUGCCCAUGCCCUUUGGGAAGGGACGAAUACAGAGAUUUCAAGACCUCCAGUUGGAUUACUCCCUGACAGAUGAUUUCUGCAGGAACCAUUUCUUGGUAGGCCUCCUGCUGAGGGAGGUGAGUGGAGCGUUGCAGGAGUUCAGGGACAUCCGUCAGAUCUCCAUCCAGGUGCUGAAGAACCUGAUGAUCAAGCACACUUUCGACGACCGCUACGCAUCCAAGAGUCAGCAGGCCAGGUUGGCCACUCUGUACCUGCCUCUGUUUGGUCUCCUGCAGGAGAACGUACACAGGGUCAACGUGAAAGAUGUCUCUCCAUUUGCCAUCAGCCACACUAAUAAUAAUGGUAGAGAUGAUCUCCUGACCAGCUCACUGAUGACACCGCCCAAGUCAGCCGGGCCCGUCGAGAACAGCCUGCACAAAGACGUGUUUGGUGUCAUAUCUGGAACAGCCACUCCACACGCCUCCUCCACCCCCAACAUCAACUCCGUUCGCCACGCCGACUCCCGCGGCUCUCUCAUCAGCACCGACUCCAGCAACAGCCUGCCUGAGAAGAGCCAGGACAGACCCAACCUGCUGACCAACCCCCUGGAUAAGUGUCAGACUGCCUCUGCUCUGGGUGGUUCUCUCCUCCGCUGUGAUAAACUGGAUCAAACAGAAGUGAAGAGUUUGCUGAUGUGUUUCCUGCAUGUUCUCAAGAGCAUGUCUGAGGAUGCCCUGUUUACAUACUGGAAUAAGGCCUCAUCUGGUGAACUGAUGGAUUUCUUUACACUAAUAGAAGUAUGUCUUCAUCAGUUCAGAUAUAUGGGGAAGAGAUACAUUGCCAGGAACCAGGAAGGGGCGGGGCCCAUAGCCCAUGAGAGGAAGUCUCAGACUCUUCCUGUGUCCCGCAGCAGGGCGGGGAUGAUGCAUGCCCGCUUACAACAACUCAGCAGCCUGGAUAGCUCUUACACUUAUAACCACACCUACAGCCACUCCGAUGCAGAUGUGUUGAACCAGUCUCUCUUGGAGGCCAACAUUGCCACAGAAGUCUGCCUCACAGUCCUGGACACUCUAAGCAUCUUCAUUAUGGGCUUCAAGACCCAGCUGUGUGCAGACCACGGACACAACCCCCUCAUGAAGAAAGUGUUUCAGGUUUACCUGUGCUUCCUGCAGAUUAACCAAUCAGAGACUGCCCUGAAACAAGUCUUCACCUCGCUGCGUACCUUCAUCUACAAAUUUCCGUGCACGUUUUUCGAGGGGCGUGCGGACAUGUGUGCGUCUCUGUGCUACGAGAUUCUGAAGUGCUGCAACUCCAAACUCAGCUCCAUCCGUAGCGACGCCGCUCACCUGCUCUACUUCCUCAUGAAGAGCAACUUUGACUACACGGGACGCAAGUCCUUCGUCCGCACACACUUACAGGUGGUCAUUGCGGUCAGUCAGCUGAUUGCUGAUGUCAUCGGCAUAGGGGGAACCCGUUUCCAGCAGUCGCUGUCCAUCAUCAACAACUGUGCCAACAGCGACAAGACCAUCAAGAACACAGCAUUCCCCUCGGACGUGAAGGACCUGACGAAGCGGAUCCGAACGGUUCUGAUGGCCACGGCGCAGAUGAAGGAGCACGAGAGAGACCCGGAGAUGCUGGUGGACCUGCAGUACAGCCUGGCCAAGUCGUACGCCAGCACGCCCGAACUACGCAAGACGUGGCUAGACAGCAUGGCCCGCAUCCACGUGAAGAACGGAGACCUGUCUGAGGCAGCCAUGUGUUAUGUGCAUGUCGCCGCCCUGGUGGCAGAGUACCUCAGGAGGAAAGGCAUGUUCAGACAGGGCUGCUCAGCCUUCCGAGUCAUAACGCCCAACAUCGAUGAAGAGGGGUCCAUGAUGGAGGACGUUGGCAUGCAGGAUGUGCAUUUCAAUGAGGAUGUGCUGAUGGAGCUGUUGGAGGAGUGUGCUGACGGACUGUGGAAAGCUGAGAGAUAUGAGCUCAUUUCUGACAUUUAUAAACUCAUCAUUCCCAUCUACGAGAAACGCAGAGACUUCGAGAAACUGGCCCACCUAUAUGAGACACUCCAUCGUGCGUACAGCAAGGUCACAGAGGUCAUGCACACAGGCAAAAGGCUUCUGGGAACAUAUUUCAGAGUGGCGUUCUUUGGCCAGGCAGCGCAGUACCAUUUUAGUGACACUCUGGCUCAGGGAUUUUUUGAGGACGAGGAUGGGAAAGAAUACAUCUACAAGGAACCUAAAUUCACCCCUCUCUCUGAGAUCUCCCAAAGGCUCCUGAAGCUCUACUCAGAAAAAUUUGGUGCUGAGAACGUGAAGAUGAUUCAGGACUCUGGGAGGAUCAACCCCAAAGAUUUGGACCCCAAGUACGCUUACAUCCAGGUAACCCACGUGACUCCAUUCCUGGAGGAGAAGGAACUCCUGGAUAGAAAGACAGACUUUGAAAGAAGCCACAACAUCAGACGUUUCGUCUUUGAGAUGCCCUUCACGGUCUCCGGGAAGAAGCAAGGCGGCGUGGAGGAGCAGUGUAAACGCAGGACAAUCCUGACCACCACACACUGUUUCCCAUACGUGAAGAAGCGUAUUGCAGUGAUGUACCAGCACCACACAGAUCUGAAUCCCAUAGAGGUGGCUAUAGACGAGAUGAGUAAGAAGGUGGCAGAGCUGAGGCAGCUGUGCUCCACCAGUGAUGUGGACAUGAUCCGACUGCAACUCAAACUCCAGGGCAGCAUCAGUGUUCAGGUGAAUGCUGGUCCACUGGCAUAUGCCAGAGCGUUCCUGGAUGACGCCAGCACCAAAAAGUAUCCAGACAACAAAGUGAAACAGCUCAAAGAGGUCUUCAGGCAGUUUGUGGAAGCGUGUGGUCACGGUUUGGGGAUUAACGAGCGUCUGAUAAAAGAAGAUCAACAGGAGUACCAUGAUGAAAUGAAGGCUAAUUACCGAGACCUGGCCAGAGAGUUGUCAGCCAUCAUGCACGAGCCAAUCAGUCCCGUGGAGGACGGCAUGAAGAAUGUCCUGCCGGACUCGCUGCACAUCUUCAACGCCAUCAGCGGCACGCCUACCAGCACCACCAUCCAGGGCAUCCCCAGCUCGUCCUCCGUGGUGUGACAGGCCGUGACCUUUGACCCCGA